AUGGAGCCGGCCGGGGCCCCGCCGCAGGGCUGCGCCCCGGCCCGGGAGGCGGAGGAGCCCCCGGGGUCCCCGGCCCUCCCCGCCGCGGAGCCGCAGGGCGGCCAGCCCGCCGGGGCGCCCCCGGGGGAAGGGGCGCCGCCCGCCGCGGCCGGCCCGGAGCGGGGCCGCCGCGGUGCCGCCCCGCAGGGCCCGCCGGGGCGGGCGGCGCGGGGCAGGGGGCGGCGGGCCCCGGGCCGGCGCGGAGGGGAGGAGGGGGGCCGCGCCGCCCGGCGGCCCCGCGUCACGGUGGACAGCUCCAAGGCCAAGACCUCGCUGGAGGCGCUGAAGAUCAGCCUGCGGCAGCUCCGCUGGAGGGAGUUUCCUUUUGGCCGACGCUUGCCGUGCGAUAUCUAUUGGCAUGGGGUAUCAUUUCAUGACAAUGAUAUAUUUUCGGGUCAAGUCAACAAGUUUCCAGGUAUGACGGAGAUGGUACGUAAAAUUACACUGAGUCGGGCAGUGCGAACAAUGCAAGAUCUAUUUCCUCUUGAAUAUAACUUCUAUCCUCGAUCCUGGAUUCUGCCAGAAGAAUUUCCUCUCUUUGUGGAUGAGGUUCGUAUGAUGAAAGACAGCGAUCCAUCCUGGAAGCCCACUUUUAUUGUAAAACCUGAUGGAGGGUGCCAGGGGGAUGGAAUCUACCUCAUUAAAGAUCCAAGCGACAUCAGACUGGUGGGAAGCAUCCAGAGCCGGCCAGCUGUGGUCCAGGAAUAUAUUUGCAAACCACUGCUUGUCGACAAACUGAAAUUUGAUAUUCGUCUUUAUGUCUUACUGAAAUCUUUAGAACCCUUAGAGAUUUAUAUAGCCAAAGAUGGACUUUCCAGAUUUUGUACAGAGCCCUAUCAAGAACCCACUCUAAAAAAUUUGCACCAGGUUUUUAUGCACUUAACCAACUAUUCACUAAAUAUCCAUAGUGGGAAUUUCAUCCAUUCUGACAAUGUAAACACUGGCAGCAAGAGGACUUUUUCAAGCAUUCUGUGCAGACUGUCUUCCAGAGGAGCUGAUGUCAAAAAGCUGUGGUCAGAUAUAAUUUCACUGGUGAUCAAAACAAUUAUUGCAAUGACACCAGAACUGAAAGUUUACUAUCAGUCUGACAUACCAGCAGGAAAGCCUGGGCCAACUUGCUUCCAGAUUUUAGGGUUUGACAUUCUCCUGAUGAAAAACUUGAAGCCUAUGUUACUAGAAGUAAAUGCAAAUCCCAGCAUGAGAAUAGAACAUGAGCAAGAGCUUUCUCCUGGAGUAUUUGAAAAUGUCCCAAGCCCUGUUGAUGAAGAAGUGAAAGUAGCUGUUAUCAGAGACACUCUUCGCCUAGUCGACCCUCAGAAAAAAAAGAGAAAAGAUGUCCAGUGUCAGACUUUGGAGCAUGUGUCAGAAGCAAACGAGGAGCUGUUGGGCGCGGGACCGGCGGACAGAGCGGAAUACGGCACCACCAGAAGUCCCGAGGCUGGCCUCCCCUCCCUUUGUCUCAAGCAAGUGUUCCCCAAGUACGCCAAGCAGUUUAACUACCUGCGACUUGUGGACAGAGUGGCUGCACUGUUUAUCCGAUUUCUUGGUGUAAAAGGGACAACAAAGUUGGGGCCAACAGGUUUCCGAACAUUUAUAAGAAACUGCAAACUGAGUAACAGCAAUUUUUCAAUGGCUUCUGUAGAUAUCUUAUAUAUUGAUAUCACGAGAAGGUGGAACAGCAUGGGAAUUGACCACAAAGAAUCAGGAAUGUGUUUGCAAGCCUUUGUCGAAGCUUUCUUCUGCCUGGCUCAGAAAAAAUACAAGUCCCUCCCACUUCAUGAGCAAGUGGCAUCGCUGAUCGAUUUUUGUGAGUAUCAUGUGGCUGCCCUGGAUGAAAAGCGCCUGGUUUGUGGCCGCGGGAUCGUGGACCGCCGGAGCGCAGUAGUUCCUUGUCAGACAGAUGGACUUCACCUUACACCAUCUGCACAUACACCCCUCCUGAAUCGCACGGCCACAGCUAGUAAAUUUGCAGAUUACAGAAAUCAUCGCUAUUAACAGUGUUGAUUCACCAGGACAGAACUGAGAAUUAAUCCCCAGGUACUGCAGGAGGAGAGACAGACUAUUGAUUUCCUUCAUCUGAUAGUCACAAUUAUUUAUUUCCAUUUUUUUUAAUUUAUGCUCUUCAAAAAGUCUACUGCAAGCUCCCAUUCUCAAAUAACGAUCCUGGGAAUGGCUAUUUAUAUACCUUUCUGUUGGACUGACAGUGCACCUCACGUGACAAACUG